AUGCCCUCCAAAAUAUCUAUAGACUCAAAUGAUUUAAUUGUGUUGCUGUUUCUUGGAUGGGGGUAUCCGAAAGGAGCCGACUAUUUCAGAGAUAGACUGAGGGCCGCGUUUGCCAAGAAUAAAGAUGUGCGAGACCCAGACAAGAUCAAAGAGCUCAUCAGCCGAGGAGAAUUUGUGGUGAAAGAGCUCGAAGCACUGUAUUACCUCCGGAAGUAAAGAACUUUGAAGAAGCGAUAUUACAAAAUGGAGUGAAUAAAAUCUCUUGCUACGCUUGUGCCUGUCAUUUACAUAAACAACAGAAUAGCAAUAGUAUGA